AGCCAACUGCAAACCAUAUCAAUUCCAUAUAUCUUUUCUUUUUUCUCGAUUCACUGCUUUUUUAUUUUCCACAAAACUAUCAUCACAUUUUUGCUUGCUUUAUGUUUCGAAUAAUUCUUCUCUGUGCCUGCCAGCAAGGAUAAGAAGAUGCCCUUUCCUAUUUGCUCACAAAUUUUGACCUUCUUAAUUGAAGUUGAUCCCACCAAUUACUUCUCCAGGAACUAUUUAAAAAGAAAAGAAAUGUAUUUUUAUUUCAUACGUUCAAUAUUCUCUCAAUGAUUCUUUCAAUUUUAACUACUUCUCGCUUCUACUAUGUAUUAUCGACUUUUUAAUUCUAAUUUCCCUAAACUAUUUUCCGCGGUGAUAGUAUAUAAAUUUAGUUUCUGCAAAUAAAAAUAAAAUGAAUCAAGGAUCUAAAAAUACAUUUAUCCUAUAAUUUCUGACAUCCAUCAAUGAAUGGAACAGUCGUUAAUGAUGGGCCAUCACUCUUCAACUUUCGCAAACUUUUUUCCUUAAUCUGGAGAUGGACUUCCAUGAAAGCAAAAUAUUCCAUAUCGAUCUCCACACACUUUCACAGAUUCCCACAGAAUUGAUUCUCUGCUUUAUAUAGCAACUCACCUUUCUGCUAAACUCACAGCAAUCCGCGCUCUGCUGAAGUUUCACCAUUUCCCCAUCCCCACACAGCCUUAGAUGAGUAGCAAGCAAAUCGAGAUCCAAUUCGACGACGCAACCCCGCAGAAAUGGUGCCAGCCUCUGAAAGAAGAUGUGUUCGCAGCCCUAACCAGCAAGCCGAUGCACAGAUUGGGAUCGGUCUUCAGCCCUUUGUUGUUCGGGAAAUUCUUCGAUCCGUCAGAUGCCUUCCCUCUCUGGGAGUUUCAAUCGGAUGAGGUGCUGCCCAAUUCCGCCCACCGCAGCGUCGAUUGGUGCCAAACUGAUACUGAUUUUCUUCUCAAAGCAGAUCUCUCUGGUAACAGCAGUGUUCAAGUUUCAGUGGAAAAUGGGAAGAUUAUGGAGAUAAGUGGGCAACAAAAAGAGAGUAAGAAAAGGAACUGGAAGAGCAGCCAAUGGUGGGAGCAUGGGUAUGUUAGGAGGAUUGAAUUGCCAGAGCAUGCAGAUUGGAGGAAAUCUGAAGCUUAUAUCAAGAAUGAUUCUCUCUUGGAGAUCAGAAUCCCCAAACUUCCUACAAAUUCCGAUGCACCACAAGAAAAUUAAUUUACUUCUGAUCUCUCUUUUAUAUUCAUGAAAAUUCUCCACGUGUGAAAAUGAACUGGGACCCAUUUUUUUUCUUA